UUAAAUAAAAUCAGUUUCCUACUCUGCUUUGCUGUAACUCUGACUAUCAACUCGGUGAUUUUUUAAAAAAGAAAAAAAAUAUGCCCAAGAUCUACGUGAAAUCGUCAAAUCAGCAGCCAGAGGAUAGUAGAGAAAAUUGUACGCGAAAAGAAAACGAUGAUGAAUAUGCCUGGCCUGUAUUUACGCAAACGACUUCGCUACAUGGGAUUAAACACGCCUUUGAAGAUAGCCAUCAUAUACUCAGAAGGAUAAUCUGGUUGAUUGGGGUUUUUGGUAUGAUAUCAGCACUACUUUAUGUCAUCAGUAGUCUGGUCAUUGAUUACUAUAAAUAUCCCUACACUAAUUCACUUAAAAUAUCCGUGGUAGACAGAAUUGACUAUCCGCAAGUUACAAUAUGUAACAUAUCUCCUUUCAACGCUUCAUACUUACCGAAGACAAACGAAAUGAACAACGUAUUGAUAAACAUGUCGGCACUUGGCAAUUUAGCGUCACCCAUCAACUUUUCUGCACCAGAAUACGACUUUGCUAAUGUACCCCUAACAAGAGAGUUUUAUCAACAGGUAGCAUUUACGCUGCCAAAAAUGAUUCAGGACUGUUUCUUCGAGGGUUCCUAUAGGCCGUGUUUACAUGUCUUCAAACCUAAGAUUACGGACGCAGGUGUAUGUUUCAGCGCAAAAUCAAUAGACAACAUUUCAACGAAUCUGACGGGGAGUCAGUUAGGACUACGUUUGCACCUAUUCGUAGACCAAUCAAAUUAUAUCCCCAGUUUCCAGAUGGGAGCUGGAUUUAAGAUUGUACUUCAUGACCCAGAUGAAGAACCAGAUUUCAAUAACAACGGUUUUUUGGUGUCACCCGGAUUCACAACUUAUGCCAGUGUUAAAAAGAUCAAAUAUCGACAUUUACCAAGUCCAUUUAAAGCAUUUGGCACCAUAACCUGUCUUGAUACCAAGGCCCCAAGUUACAACCACACUUUGAAGAAUUCAGAAAAAUACGACGUCACGUCUUGCAAGAAAGAGUGUCGACUGAAAUAUCUGCUGGAAAAAUGUCAUUGUGUCUACUACACUGAUUACGGUAAUGAUACACUAUGUAGCUUAAGAGAAUUAUCUACGUGUUAUAAUAAAGAAAGAGAUUAUUUUAACCAAAUGAGUAACAAAUUGUGCAACUGCCCUAAACCAUGCGAAUCUACCAGCUAUGAAGUACAACUUUCGACAGCUUACUACCCAUCACGUGUUAUGCAGAAUAUUUUAGAAUUGGCUUAUAACGUUUCCGAUUGGAGUACUAAUUAUGCUGAAGUACGAAUCUUCUACGAGAAUUUGGUAGAAACUGAAUCAAGCCAGGUUCCAGUGUAUAACUUAGAUAAUAUUCUGGCUACCCUAGGUGGCCAGAUGGGAAUCUUUUUGGGAGCAAGUGUUUUGACAAUUUCUGAAUUCUUGGAGUAUGUGGCAUUAAAAAUAUGGCGCUUAAUCAGCAGGUGUUUGUGGUCGAGACCCAAGUUUUCAGGUACGAAGUGAUCGUCGAAGUAGCUAUAGACAAAUGAAAGGAGAUUAUGUAGUUAAAUAUUAGGGACAAUUCCAAUUUGUAAGCACUUUUAAAAUGUAGUAUUUUAUUAUUUUUUACAGUAUAUCCAUUUAAAUAGCUGUGUAUAUCUAAAUUUACCAUUUUAAAAACCUAGCACCUUGUGAUGUAAAAGUCAUAUCCGCACAUAAACUAAUAUAACACCCUA